GUACCCUCGCCCGCGAGAGAAAUCGUAACCCUAAUUUCUCUUGCUCUCUCGUCCCUCGCUUUUCUCCCUCUCUUUCUCUGCCGCAUCUCUCUCUCCCGCCAUGGCCAAGAAGCGAAAGGCAGAACCCAAGCCCGAGCCAGAGCCCGAGGAGCCAACUCCCGUUGAAGAAGCACCCCCUGCCGAUGCCGAGAUGGUCGAAAACGCAGGCGCUGGUGACGCGGACACCCAGGGCACCCAGGACAGCGUUGCGGAGGAGGACGGCGAGGAUGAAUCCGACGAGGAGGAUGGCGAGGAGGCACUCCAGAAGCUCCUGGAGCCCUUCGGCAAGGAUCAGCUCGUCGAGCUACUCGUUGAAUCGGCCCUCAAGUACGCCGACGUUCUCGACCGUAUAAACGUGGUAGCCGACGUUGAUCCCGCCCAUAGGAAGAUCUUCGUCCAUGGCCUCGGCUGGGAUACCACCGCCGAGACCCUGAAGAACGCGUUCAAGAAGUACGGGGAGAUCGAGGACUGCAACGCCGUCACCGAUAAGAUCUCCGGCAAGUCGAAAGGAUAUGGGUUUAUCCUCUUCAAGCACCGUAGCGGCGCUCGGAAGGCGCUGAAGGAACCGCAGAAGAAGAUUGGCAACCGGAUGACUGCCUGCCAGCUCGCCUCUGCUGGGCCGGUGCCGGCGACGCCACCGGUCUCUGAGUACACGCAAAGGAAGAUCUAUGUUAGCAACGUCUCGGCGGAUAUCGAUCCGCAGAAGCUGCUACAGUUUUUCAACAAGUACGGAGAAAUCGUAGAGGGACCGCUUGGCUUGGACAAACAGACUGGAAAGCCUAAGGGUUUCACACUUUUCGUUUACAAAACGAUCGAGAGCGCUAAGAAAGCGCUCGAGGACCCGCAUAAGAACUUCGAGGGGCAUAUCCUGCACUGCCAGAAGGCGAUCGACGGGCCAAAACCGCCGAAGGUGCAUCACCACAACCUGCCACCGAGCCAUCAAGGUUUUCACAGGAACGAGAGUGCUGGCGGAGGAUUUGGUCACGGAAUCGGGAAUUUGGGAAGCAGUGGUUCUGGUGGUAACCCUCUGAUGUCUGGUGGGUUGGGGUUUAAUCAGGCGGCUGCUGCUCCCGCGACUCUCAAUCCAGCACUGGGUCAGGCUUUGACAGCGCUUUUGGCCACCCAGGGUGCUGGUCUUGGCUUGACGAAUGUUCUAGCUUCGUUGAAUCCGGCCCUCAACCCGAACCUGUCUUCCGCUGUCAAUCAGACUGUCCCGUCUCCAUUGGCGAGCAGUGCUCCACAUGGCGGAGUGGGAGGGUUUGGUAAUCAGCCAGGAGGUAAUGCUAACCUGUACGGGAAUCAGGCUGCUCUACCGUAUCAAAACUCUGGUGGAAGGUCACAACAAGCUGGAGGCCCUAUGGGUGGUGUGCCGCCGUAUUUGGGGCAUUAGGUGAUGGGAAUGGAGGGGUGUUGCAAGGUCAUUUUGACACACUUGCCCAGGCCUUGAAGUUUGCGUCUCCGUGGAUCUGUUGUCACAUCACAAGUCUGCCUGUAUCUUAACAAGUAUGAGAAUGAUUCUUAUGGUUCCUUGAAAGUUCGAAUUGAGUCCGAAAUUAUUUUGGUGAGAGAUUUAAGUUUGUAAACUGAGGCUUCCGGAACUGGUUGAGCACUUCUCGUCAAACUACCAAAUCCUUAAAUGCUUCAGGUGAAAGAAGAUGAAGCUUGUUAGAGGUUCGAACCUUCAUAGGCUGUUUGAAGCGCCGUUAUCUCUGUUUGUGGGCAUCUAAACCACGUUAAAGCGUUUUGUGUUAAAUCCUGUCCGUUAAUCCUCUUUCUGAUUGGCCUUGACGGUGUUGAAUAGUAUCCAUGGGGUUAUAUUGCUGCCUGUGGAAGCAUUAAGUAUUGCAUGAAAAUGUAAAGGGUACCCUUGAGUCACCUUUCAUUUUAAUAUUCGUGCGUUAAUGUGUGCCA